AUGGAUAAGGCUAAGGAGAAAGGAGUAAAAAUACAUUUGCCAAUUGAUUUCGUUAUUGCUGAUGAUUUCAACGAGAACGCUCAGUUCAAGACAGCGGACCUCAAAUCAAGUAUCCCAGAUGGAUGGAUGGGUCUUGAUAUUGGACCGGAAACAGCCAAGCAAUUUGCUGAAGUUGUAGGACGUGCAAAAACUGUUGUUUGGAAUGGACCAGCUGGUGUGUUUGAAUGGGAGAAUUUUUCGAAAGGAACAAAGGCAGUAAUGGAUGCUGUUGUUGAUGUUACUUCAAAGGGCGCCGUUACUAUCAUUGGUGGUGGUGAUACGGCAACAUGUUGCAAGAAAUGGAAAACUGGUGACAAAGUAAGCCAUGUUAGUACUGGUGGUGGCGCAAGUCUGGAAUUGCUUGAAGGAAAAGUACUACCUGGUGUUGAUGCACUUUCUCCGGCUUAA